GUCUUACAGGGGGCUGUAGAAUGGACGGGAAGUCUUCAAGUCUCUGAGCUUUACGGAUUCUCCUUGAAUGAGCCCGUUCUUAAGUACGAAAAGUUUUAAGAAGUUCUACCAAAUCAUUAUGAUCAGAUUUCGGGUUGGGUUUCAUUUUAUCCAGCGUCGCCUGGGUCACGUUGCUGUGGGAUUGCUGCGGCGGGGUUCCCCCACCCAACAGCCAUCGACAACAGCAAUCAACUCGUCAUCCAUCAACAAGCCUGAUAUCACUCAAACCGGGUCCAAAACUCCAUCCCCAAAGUUCGUCAUGGCUAUCGCUCCCAUCACUGGAAAACUCAGGAAGCGCAUCUUGCUCGACCUCUCGGUCUCCUUGGGAUUGGGCACCGCCGCUGCUUACACUUGGUGGUAUGGUUAUCACGUCCCCAAAAUGCGUCAUCAACAGAACGUAUACGCCAAAAUCAACUCGACCCGAGCCGAGCAGGAGUCUUGA